UUAAUAUUUAAAAUUUAUAAAAGAAAGAUGGGUAACAGAAAACCAACCCAGAUACUUUUUUGUCUUUUAUUGUUUUGUACAAUAAAUCUAACAACAAGUCAGAAUUUUUUCAAUGUACCAUCAGCAUUUAUUAAUGGGGCAGAAUCAGUUGUUGAAUCAAAAUCAAAACCAGAAGCACAAGAAACUACUACAGAGAUUCCUGUUUCGCAGGGCUUCCCAACUAUUAAUUUUGGAAAUAAAAAUAUUUCUAUAUUUCUAAGUAACGAAACCAUUUAUGAAAAUGGAACUUCUUCAUUAAGAUUUUCUUUAUCAAACGGAAUUGGAUUCAAUAUAAAUUCAGAACCUAAAGAAGAAAAUGGAAUGAAAUUUUAUGUAUCAUCUGGUACUUUUGAAUUUAGAACACCAGAUUCGUUUUCGUACAUUAUCGAAUUUGAGGCUGAACCGAAGAAUUUUACACUUGUUAAUUUUGAAAGAAAAAACAAAGUUUUACAAAGAGCUAAUCCAAAAAUUUUAGCAGCAUUAGCUGGACGGUAAUAUGAGCAUAUUUUGACGGCAUCUGAAUUCAAUCUUAAUAUUAUUUCUAUAUAAGAAAUCAUAUUUUUUGUUAAAUAUUUUUAUAAAAUAAAUAAGAAUUAUUCUAAAAUCAA